UGACCUGCCAACAAAAUAGCCCAGAUAUUCAGGGAGGGGGCUUCUUGACAAAACAAUGACAAAGCUAAAGUGGAUUUAAUUGCACUAAGUGAACAGUUUUUAAAGACUUCUCCAACGGAAUUGUGCCAUUUUUCUUCAUAUCGUGUGUGCUAAAACGGACCCGCUGAUUUCCGAACAUUGACUGACUGCUUGAUACUGUUAAGCCAUCUGUGUUAUUGUUGACAAGUUGCUGUGGACUAACAGCUAGCUAGCUAGGCAUAUUUGAUACAGGGCGACCAACUAUAAUUUCUUCCUGCCGGAUUAUCUAAUGUUACUUAUUUUGCCUCUCUCUACUUACAAUUUUGUCUGUCCUGGCUACUGACUUAACUGAAGCCUGUCCUUUGUUUGACAAGCUUGUUGGCAUAAAUAGCACUAGACUAGCUAGCUGAAUAGUAAGCUAACCCUUUUCAAUGUCAAGCUAGAUACCUAGCAAGAUACAUUUUGCGCAAUUGGUUUGCCAACGUACUGUUAUACAUAGGAGAAGCAGCUAAGCAAAAGUAGCCUACGUUUUCGAAAAAAAUAUUUGUAAACUAGGUCUAUGGGUUCCUCCGGCUAGCUAACUACAGUGACAGCCCAGUUUAGAGAUAUACGUGGACUGCAUCUGUGUUCAUUUGCACAUUUAUUAUAUAUUUCAGGGAAAUAAGUCAGCUAACGUUAAUCGUCUUGCCACUGCACUUGGAUAGCAAGCUGCACCUGCCUUAAUCAACAGAACCGCAAUUUUGAUCAUCUGCACUGGCAGCUAAAUUGUUUUGUUCAGUUGUGGACACAUUUUGAGGGUGCAAGUAGAAACGUUUUACAGGAAAGUUUGUUGACUUGAAAAGGACAAUUAACCAAACAUUCUACUUAUCUUACUGCCUCGUUGUACAUUUGCACCUUUAUGCUGUAUACAUUUAAUUCAUAAACAAGAUAUUGUUAGAGGAACAGAAAAUUAAGACUUCAAUAGAAUACCAUGCAGCUGUCAUAAUAUACCAAGUCUUGUUAGAUCAAGUCUUUGGUGUAGCCUGUAGCUUACAGAUGCAGUAGUCUGUUGGGCACAUAAUAUCUAACACUAAGGUCACAAACUUUAGUUUUGUUCAGUCUCCUAUUGGAUAUAGUUGGCAUUACAGUCAGACCACUCCCGCAAGCAUAACACAGUGUUUAAUCCCUCACGUUUGAGAAACAAUGAGUGGCCAUGGCUCAUCUUCCGAUAAGGGAGUCAACACCAGCCUCAUCUGUCAAGAGAGUUACGCCUGUGCCGGCUCAGAGGAAGCAGUGUUUGAAUGCGACGAGUGCAAGAGCCUGCAGUGUGUUCGCUGCGAGCAGGAACUCCACAGCCAAGAACGCCUGAAGAACCACGAGCGGGUCCAGAUCGGCCCGGGUCAUGUCCCCUACUGUGACAGUUGCAAAGGGGGCAGCGGAGGCUCGGCGGACGGGGGACGGCACAGGGCGACGGCCCGCUGCCAGAACUGCAAACUCAACCUGUGCCAGGACUGCCAGAAGCGCACCCACAGUGGAGGAAACAAGAAGAAGCACCACGUCACCAGCUAUCCUCCGCCCGUCCCCGCGGAGGUAGAGAGCCCCCCGAACACAUUCAUAGACACGACCGAAUCCCAGAGAUCCAAACUUCUGGAGAACGCCACCAGUUUCCUCCUGGUGGAUGAAAACGAGGAGAUGCAGAUAAAAGAUGAAGAUUCGUUUUUGAAGACGUUGAACUGUGCCCCUGACAAACUACUGAAGGUGGUGGCGAUCUUUGGCAACACGGGAGAAGGCAAGUCCCACACUCUGAACCACACUUUCUUCAUGGGCAGGGAGGUGUUCAAGACCUCCCCCACGCAGGAGUCUUGCACGGUGGGUGUCUGGGCUGCCCUCGACCCCGUCCACAAGGUGGUGGUGAUCGACACCGAGGGCCUGCUGGGGAACAGCACUAACCAGGGUCAGAGAACCCGCCUCCUGCUCAAGGUGCUGGCCAUCUCAGACCUCAUCAUUUACCGCACCCACGCCGACCGUCUCCACGACGACCUCUUCAAGUUCCUGGGGGACGCGUCGGACGCCUACCUGAAGCAUUUCACCAAGGAGCUGAAGGCCACCACAGCCAGGUGUGGUCUGGACGUCCCUCUGUCCACCCUGGGCCCUGCUGUGGUCAUCUUUCAUGAGACUGUCCACACCAAGUUGCUGGGCUCAGACAAGUCCUUCGAGUCUGUGGAGCGGCUGCUGGUGGAGCGCUUCAGGAAGCUGGGCAGGUUCCCAGAGGCCUUCAGUUCCAUCCAGUACCGCGGCACGCGCACCUCCACUCCGCCCACGGACUUUGGAGGCCUACGGCACAACCUGGAGCAGCUCCUGGACAACAACGCCACCCGCUCCCCUCGCACUCCCCUCAUCAUCUUCAAAGCCCUGCAGGCACUCAGCGAACGCUUCAAUGGGGAGAUUGCUGACGAGCUUGUAGCUCACAGCUGCUUCUUUCCUGAUGAGUACUUCACCUGCUCCAGCAUCUGUCUCAGUUGUGGGGCGGGCUGCAGGAACAGCAUGAACCAUCUGUGGGAGGGUCUGUCCCACGAGGCCAAGCACCGGUGUCACUACUCUGUCCACUACGACAAUCGCAUCUACACCUGCAAGGCCUGCUAUGAAGGAGGGAAGGAGGUGCUUGUGGUUCCCAAGACAUCUGCUUCAUCAGACUCUCCCUGGCUGGGUCUCGCCAGAUACGCCUGGUCUGGGUAUGUGAUUGAAUGUCCUAACUGUGGUGUGAUUUACCGGAGCCGACAGUACUGGUUUGGAAACCAGGACCCGGUGGACACCGUAGUCCGUACCGAGAUCCAGCACAUUUGGCCUGGGUCUGAUGGCUUUUUAAAAGACAACAGUAAUGCAGCGCAGCGCCUGUUGGAUGGAGUCACCUACAUCUCCCAGUCCAUGUCUGAGCUCAGCGUGAAGCCUGCCAAGGCCGUCACCUCCUGGCUGACGGAUCAGAUCGCACCUGCCUACUGGAAACCCAACUCCCUCAUAUUAACAUGCCAUAAGUGCCUCCAGGUCUUCCAGGACAACGACACUAAGCACCACUGCCGUGCCUGCGGAGAGGGCUUCUGUGACGGCUGCUCCUCCAAAGCCAUGCCCGUCGCUGAGAGAGGCUGGGGUCCGGCGCCUGUCAGAGUCUGCGAUGCCUGCUUUGAGCAGAGGCAGAGACACACAGAGCUCCAGGAGGAGGAGGUUGAUGAAGAGGAAGGUGGGACACUCGCCAGGAAGGUUGGAGAAGCUGUGACUCAUACUCUGGGAGCUGUGGUCACUGCUAUAGACAUCCCACUGGGCCUGGUCAAGGAUGCUGCGCGUCCAGCCUACUGGGUGCCCGACCAAGACAUCCUGUCCUGCCACCACUGCCAACGCCUCUUCACUGCCAAGCUGUCCAAGCACCACUGUCGCGCCUGCGGGCAGGGCGUGUGUGACGAGUGCUCCUCAGACCGCCGCCCCGUCCCCUCCCGGGGCUGGGACCACCUUGUGCGUGUAUGCCUGAGCUGCAGCCAGAAGCCGGGAGACCUCUAGCUUCAGUCCUCCUGCGGCGGGAAACAGGAGACCCGAGAGCCUCGAUCAUGUGACGGAGCCUCGCCCCCGUCACGCGAUCGAGGCUCUCGCCCCCGUCACGCGAUCGAGGCUCUCGCCCCCGUCACGCGAUCGAGGCUCUCGCCCCCGUCACGCGAUCGAGGCUCUCGCCCCCCUCACGCGAUCGAGGCUCUCGCCACCCUCACGCGAUCGAGGCUCUCGCCCCCGUCACGCGAUCGAGGCUCUCGCCACCCUUCACCAUACCUCUGUUACUCAACUGGUUCUGCCCAGAUGCUGUGGCUGGGAAGAUGUUAGCGAUUUUAAAAGUUCCUGAUGCCUUGUAGAGAAACAGGAGCGUAGAUGUUACUUGUUCCUCUUAAAGGAGAGCUAGGAGACAAAGUGAAUAUUUUAUUCUGUGUCGACACUAAAAUCACUGCUUUUUUUUUUAUUAUGGUGUUGAGAUAUUUUUCUACCACAAAGAAAAUAGCAUUUGUAAUAUGUUCAAAAAUAUAUUGGUUUGUUGUGAACCCUGUGGGGUUUUACUACCAUUAAGUGUAUUCUCACUGAUGGUAAAUGGAUAUCUGCAUCCACUGCAGAUACAUUGGCAUGUUUUACUGCAACCUUUUAGAUUUUGCACUAAGUCAGUUGUAGCUGUGAAAAGCUGCUGUUUAUCAUGGCCAGAGAGACUCCACAAGCAGUCUGGUUUCUCAAGAAUGAAAUGGAAAUCUAUGCUUAGAUUAAGACUGGCAUUCAAACAGUCAUCCAUGUUAAUGUUUCUGUACUGGUGUUUCAUGAUUGACCGUGUGAUAAUGGUCGAAUGAAGACGUAGAAUUAUACUAGAGUGUACAUUUUAGAUUUUAGUAAAGAAAAUAUUUAUGAAUUAAAAGAGGAAUUCUUUUUGGGCGUGCAUGACUGUCGGAGAGUUACAUGGCCUUUUAGACGGUUAGAGAAAAACACAGAAAUAACCUCAUUAGUACUGAGUGGCAUUCUUCUGUUAAAGUAUAUUUAGUGUUGACUGGGAAGGAUGCUGUUCAAAAAACAUCCGAUUUCUCCGAUCUUGAACACAGCUCCAUAUCAGACUACAGCCACAGGCUGAUCCUUCACAAACUCAGCGGAAGAGUUCAGCACAUUUAUGUUUUGUUUUCAGCCUUCCCUGAAACUUCUCUAUAUUGUUUCCACUGAAAGCUGCCGUGUCAUAUAAUUUAUAUCUAAUAUUCUCAUGUUCUGUGUUAUUCAUGGUAUUGUUGUUACUUCAUGUAGACAUAAUUCAUGACGUUUUUUUGCUUGAGUCAUGGUGCUUUUCCAGUGUUUUGUUUUGUUUUUACUGGAAUCCAAUUACUUGCAUUCACAAGGUAUACAUCAUUUUCAAUCAUCACUAAAUUCAUUUACACCCUUAAGGGUUGGAUGAAACUCAACUGUAUUUCUCAUUUAAAUAAGCUUUAACAAACAUCUUUACCAUCUAUGAUAGUAUGUUUGGACAAAUACUUUUAGUAUUAGGGGACAGGAAGAACUACGUAAGUCUGUGUACAAACCAAGCACAUGGAAAUGCCUUUAAAGUACUGCUUGUAAAAAAUCAUGUGAAGAUAAACUAUUUUAUCUUGAUUGUAAAAAAAUAUAUAUGAAAAAAUUAGAUAUUGUAUGUCCUUCACUUCUUUUAAGCCCCAGCAUGUUUGUUUCUUUUAUUAGAGACGUAAUAUUGUUUCUGAUUAUGACCAAUAUGUCUGAAUGAGAGCAGUCUUAUGUAGUGUUAUUUACACUGUUUAAUUAUUUAAAUAAACCCUCCCUCUGUAUGUAUGCCUACGUUCAAUUGUGUCAAUAAAAUAAUGAUUUUUGUCUGUAAA